GAUUUUCCCCAUUUUUCUAGAAGUAGUUAAAUAACUUGAAUUCCAGAGUGCCGCCCUCGCAAGCCCUUCUCCGAACUCAGUACGGCCCAACAGCCACUCUUCUCGUACUGAGCCAAUCUAAGCUAUCUCUCUCUCUCUCUCUCUCUCUCUCUCACACACACACAGCGGAAAAUGGCGAUAGCAGCACAGACUCCAGAUAUCUUGGGGGAGCGUCAAUCUGGGCAGGACGUUCGCACCCAAAAUGUUGUAGCGUGUCAAGCAGUGGCCAACAUUGUCAAAUCUUCACUUGGCCCUGUCGGACUCGACAAGAUGCUAGUUGAUGAUAUUGGUGAUGUAACCAUUACUAAUGAUGGUGCCACAAUACUCAAGAUGUUAGAAGUUGAGCAUCCAGCUGCUAAGGUGCUUGUUGAAUUGGCUGAGCUUCAGGACCGAGAAGUUGGAGAUGGGACGACUUCUGUAGUCAUUGUAGCUGCGGAGUUGCUUAAGAGAGCAAAUGACCUUGUGAGGCACAAGAUUCACCCAACAUCUAUAAUUAGUGGAUACAGACUUGCUAUGAGGGAAGCAUGCAAAUAUGUUGAUGAAAAACUGGCUGUGAAGGUUGAAAAGCUUGGAAAAGAUUCACUUGUGAACUGUGCCAAGACAAGCAUAUCCUCAAAGCUGAUAGCAAGUGACAGCGACUUCUUUGCAAAUUUGGUUGUAGAUGCAGUAAAAGCAGUAAAGACAAUCAAUGUGCGGGGAGAGACUAAAUACCCUAUCAAGGGAAUCAAUAUAUUGAAAGCUCAUGGAAAAAGUGCAAGAGAUAGCUAUUUGUUGAAGGGAUAUGCUCUAAAUACGGGUCGUGCUGCCCAAGGAAUGCCAAUUAGAGUUGCCCCUGCAAAGAUUGCCUGUCUUGAUUUCAAUCUUCAGAAAACAAAAAUGCAAAUGGGUGUCCAGGUCUUGGUCACAGAUCCAAGGGAGCUUGAAAAAAUUCGACAGAGGUGA